AUGGCGGCGUUGCUAAGCCCACGUCGUGUACCACAACCACCACCAGACAGUAUGCAAAGACAUAGCGUUAGCGGAUCACUAUCCGCUCGUGGAGCACAAAACUCGGACAGAAUCUAUGCCAACUUCCGUGAUGGCAUUCAUUUACAUCGCUUAGCGGACGAGUUAUCACCAAGCCAUGCGUUGACUAAAAGUGAUGGCGCUGACAUAUUGGGUUCUCAAGCGUCUUUGGCUAGUGGAACAUGCAACUCGGUUAGUUAUUUACCAUACAAACAAUAAAA